AGAGGGAGGGAGAGAGAGAGACUGCACCGCGGGCGAGCAGGCGGUAGCUGUAAGAUCCGCUAGCAGGGUUUUUCUCUGCGUUUGCUGGUUGACUUGGCUCGCGGCCCGACUGGCGUUUUUGUAAUCAAGGCAUGAUCCGGCACUCCGUGCGUUUCCCUGAGCUGCGUCGGCCGUCUGCCGUUUGGAAGGAAUUCGCAUUUCCCUGUUGACAUGCACAAAGCUAGUCCAGCAGAGAUGACGAGCGUGAUGAUGAUGAAGAUGCAGAAAGACGCUGAACUCGACAAAAAGAUUGAAGCUUUACGAAAGAAAAAUGAAGCUCUUAUGAAACGCUAUCAGGAAGUUGAGGAGGAUAAGAAGCGGGCAGAGCAGGAAGGCAUGUCAUUACCCAGCAGGAAGGGGAAACCUGAUGAUCUCACCAUCACUUUCAACAAAUCUUCCAAUGAGCAGCGUGUUGUUACUAAGAAGUCAGUGCCGAGAGUGUGCAACCCCAAACCUGAGCAGGAGCAGAAUUCAUGUGAUCCUGGAUCCAGAUCCACUCUCUGUGUCGGGAGAGGAAAGAGAAGACAGCUCCUCAUCACAACACCUGGAAAUAUAAAGGGUAAAAAGGUGUUUGGUGAAAGAAAGGACAGAAACCGUCCUGUUAGUCCAGCGAGGGUGAAAGUCUCUAUUGAGGAAGAACAGGAGACAACUUCAUCAACAAAGACAAUCAUAGAAAUACAGGAGGACACAGGAAAACAAGAUGUUAAGAUCAUAUGUAAAGAUUCACAGUGUGAUCAGGGCACGGAGAUCUCACAACCGCCGGAUGUCAACGACAUGAACGACCUAACAUCCAAAGAAGAUGAAAUGGAGUACCUGCGCUGGAAGAAAGAACGAGAGGAGAUCGACAGAGAACGAGUGGCCCGACACAAAAACGCUAAAGGCCAAUGGAGGAGAGCCUGGGAUGUGGAGAAACCUGAUCUGAUGUUUUCUGACAAAGUUCAUGAAGGGCCAGACAGAGACACGCAGAACACGGGGAAUAGAAACAGCAAAAGAGGAAAUUUAAGAUCGGAAGAGUCCAAAGCACGAGAGAAAAAGAGGAAAAGUCUUCCAGUGGUGAGCAGUAAAGCGAAGGGUAAAGAGCGUCUGACGGGCCGAGCCAGACGAUGGGAUGCUAAAGAACAGGAGGAACAUUUAAAGGCUUAUCCAGAGAGCAGUCUAAAGGAGUUCCUGGAGGAACUGGAUGCUCUUUGUGCUCCUGAGGAGAAAAACAUCAAUCCAGAGACUAAAAACCAUGAUGAUGUCCUCAACACAACACCGUGUGUAUCUGAAGUGCCAUUAAACUCGGAGGAAGCCAUCGGUGACGUGACCUCUGACAAGGAGAAAAACGAGAACGCAGAAAUUUCUUCAGAGAUGUUGGCUCAGAAGAUCGCAAAGAAGAAGGUUCAGAGCGACUCCGUACAUGAUGAAAGACAAACCGCACAAAGACAAAAGACAGAAGAAGAUAAAGAGAAGAUAGCAAACAAGACCCAGACGAGUGUGGAGAUGAAUGAUCCUUCAGUAGAUAAGAACGUGUGUGAGAAGAAACUCUCAGGAUCAUCUCUGAUAACUGAAGGAACUAAAGAUGAGUCCAGUAAAGCGUUGUGUUCCACCAGCACUUCAGUUAAUGGAGAAGAUGUUUGUCUACUAACAGAAGUGACUGUGAAGGAGAGCUGCUCUUCAAGAGGAACUGAAGAACUGAAUCUGAAGUCUGAUGAGUCUCAGUAACUGCAGCACCAGUUCUGAUACGGCAAAAGAAAAUAGGAAAGUUGUUCAGAUGGGAAAUGAUGUUUGCAUCUUAAGCAAAAUGGACACUGAAACCAAAACAAAAAAUGUCAUUAGCCUUUCACAGAGUUUCUUAUUGACGGUACAAAGUUACUAAUAUGAGUUGUUAUGACUUUGUAUUUGAAGUAUAUUUUAUUAUUAAGAAUGAAGCAUUGUAUAUUUUAUGACUGAAAGUGAGAUUGUGAUUGUUCAGAUAGUUAAUCUGUUUUCUCACAGACACUAUAAUGCACUAAAGCUGCCAAACCCAGAGUUCAGACGUUCUUCAGAUCUUUGCUGAUGGUUUGGUGGAGGACGUUUAAUAUUAGCUAAAGCACUACAAAGCUACUUGAAUGUUUAACUUAGAUAAGAUAGCAGCAAUAUUAUUUACAAUAACUAACCUGAGAAUGAAAGUCUUAUACAGUACGACUCUUCAACAGAGAUACGUCUAUAAAAUCAAACGUAACCCGCCAGAGGACUUUUGGAUGCUGUUAAAGACAGAUAUAUAUUUAAUAUCUCCACUCAUAUACGCACAUUAGUUAUUGGUUUUUUGAAGGUUGUGUGGAAGUUUGAAAGUUCACAAGACUGUUAGAGUUUGUUACCUAGCACUUUAUCUUUUUUGAAUGUUAUAUAUGAAGCAUUACCAGAAAACUACAACACUUUGACAGAAUUAAUUGUUUACAAUUCUUACGGUAACAGACAGGGAAAGUUUUCUUGUAUGUUAAGCUGAUAUACAGUAAGUUACUGCUAUUGUUAUUGUUCACUGUACUGUGUUACAGUAAAUGAUGAUUGUACUGAUGAUGUUUCAGUAUUUAUGAGUCCAAAUGAGUUGGACGUUUAUUUGAUGUAGGAAGAUGAAAAGGCACGCGAGGAUUGGUUGUAGGUGACCGAGGUUGGAAUUUAUUGUUUUUUGUUACUUUCACUAAGCAUUUUGUGUUUCUUUGUUUUUGAAAUGAAUGUUAAAAAAUACAUAUUAAAAUAAAAACAUGAAAACUUUU